AGCGUUGCUUUACGACGAUUCGGACGGAAGCGCAAGGCCGGCGUUUGCUGCUUGCGGCUUUCCGGCUCACACGUGGGUGGUUUUCGGUGUUCCAGCUCUCAAUUCAUUCCUUUUGGCGUGGACAAGCCUCAUUGAAGGACAGAGUGGCCGCAAAGGCCAAGGGUCGUGAGCUGAUGAAUAUUGCUGUUGAAAAUGAAGAGACGUUGGGAGGAGGUCUGCAGAGUGGAGCGGAGGGGUCGCGGCUACGGCUCAAGUCCGGUAGGGAGAGAGUCGGGGGCACAGCCGAGACGGAGGCCGGCCGUGUAGAGGCGGGGAACGGAUUGACAGGAAUGGGGAAGACAGAGGAUAGAGAAGGAACUGGGCAAAGGGUAGAGGAAAUGCGAGUGGACCUAACGGUUGUGAAGCAAGAAGUUACGGACUGGUCAGAAAUGGAAGAAGGGAUGCUGGAUGGCCGAUGGGUAAAGCAGGAGGUAGAGGAUGGACCUAAGGUGAAAGAGGAGAAACCAGGCACUUUGGAAGUGAAGCAAGAGAUGGAUAGUAGUUUUGUGGCAAAAGAAGAGAAGGUGAACGAAACAGAUGUAAAGGAAGAGAAAGUGAAGGUGAAGGAAGAGGUAAUGGACUGGCUAGAUGUGAAGGAAGAGAAGAAAGCUACCAUGGAGAUAAAAGAGGAGGUGUUUGUUGGUCAGAAUAUAAAAAAGGAGGAAAUGAUGGGUGAAAUGUGUGUAAAAGAAGAGAAGUACUUUCCAAAAGAAGAAGUGAUGGAUGAUACAAAGAUGAAAGAAGAACCUCACAUAAAUCCCCCAGUGGGCUUCAAGCGGAAACUGGCCAUGUCCAGGUGUGAAACUUGUGGUACAGAAGAAGCAAAGUACAAAUGUCCACGUUGUAUGCGAUAUUCCUGCAGUUUGCCCUGUGUAAAGAAACACAAAGCAGAACUGACAUGUAAUGGAGUUCGAGAUAAAACUGCAUAUGUUUCCAUACAACAGUUUACUGAAAUGAAUCUGCUUAGUGAUUAUCGAUUUUUGGAAGAUGUGGCAAGAACAGCAGACCACAUUUCUAGAGAUGCUUUCUUAAAAAGACCAAUAAGCAAUAAACAUAUGUAUUUUAUGAAAAAUCGUGCUAGAAAACAAGGUAUUAAUUUAAAGCUUCUACCCAAUGGAUUCACAAAGAGGAAAGAAAAUUCAACAUUUUUUGAUAAGAAAAAACAGCAGUUUUGUUGGCAUGUGAAGCUCCAAUUUCCUCAGAGUCAAGCUGUGUACAUAGAAAAAAGAGUACCAGAUGAUAAAACUAUUAAUGAAAUCCUAAAACCUUACAUUGAUCCUGAAAAGGCUGAUCCUGUAAUUCGUCAAAGGUUGAAAGCCUACAUUCGCUCUCAGACUGGGGUCCAAAUUUUAAUGAAGGUUGAAUAUAUGCAGCAAAAUUUAGUAAGAUAUUACGAACUGGAUCCUUAUAAAAGUCUCCGUGACAAUUUGAGGAACAAAGUGAUCAUUGAGUAUCCAACAUUACAUGUGGUAUUAAAAGAAUCCAGUAAUGACAUGGAAGUUCUUCACCAAGCUAACAAAUCUCCUUAACAGAAGAUCCAAAUUUUUACAUGCUGAAUCAUUCUCUGUUUGCCGGAGAAGGGCGUCAUCCUUGCAGCGGGAUGCUGACGAUCCUGACUCGCCUAUAGAAAAUCCAUUGGCCCAAGUCUUCCCAGGAGCCACACUGACACCAAAGAACCAGCCCCAACUUCCCUGUAACCCAAGUGUUUUCCUGUGUCCAAAUGCCCCUGUCAGAGAUAAGCCUGAAGAAUAAAUCCUCUGAGGUCCAUCUUCCACUCUGCUACUGGCUAGCUAACUAUAACUACUUAGACAAGUUCUCAGUCUCUCUGGAGUUUAUUGAAUGUCUCUGAAAAAUGAGUAUUAUUUAUGUGACAGCACUUGAAGGAAGGACUUUGAGUCAUUAAAAAAAAAAAAAUUCUAGAGCAAAAUCCUGGCUAUGGGUUGUGAUUCCCCUUGGAAGGCUCUUUGGUCACUACAAAAAUGGCUGGUUAAAUUCAGCAGAGGUUCGGGAUGCAGGGUAUAUCUCUGAUCAACUCAUCCGGUGUCGGUGGGAAAAUGUGACAUGGUAUUUUACGUGGAAUGGGUAUACUUCUACUCAAAAAUACACAGACUGUUACCGUAGAAGGAAGCUGGGAAGUGACGGCAUGUUUAUAGCCCCAUGGCCAUUUGAAAUGAAUGACGUGGCCUCUGUUUUUCCUGUGCUUAUAACACGGUUCCCGUGCUAAACAUUACUUUUCUAAGCACUUCCAAGGAGUGUUCUGGGUUGUGCCAGUAAAGAAAGAACCUGUGUUUUUUAAAGAUCGUCUCUUCCCCGCCCUUCACCUCCCCCAACCACACACGUACACAUACGUGUCUCUUCUCCGCAGUCUGUGCUGGUGAACAGCAGAGCACACGUUCCGAGGAAGCUGUAACACUGCUCUCACCAUGCAGAAGCUGCCAUGUAGAGAAUGUAGUCCACUGCUGCAGAUCUAGGAAUUUUUCAAAAGAAGCCAGAAGUUUGGACUUCUUAAAAAAAACUUCUCAGCUUUCAAAUAUUGGCAACAAAGCUCAGUUUUUAUAAACCCUGUGCCAGUUGAACAAAACGUUGUCUAUUGGCCCAAUCCUGCCCAAGCCACCAGCUUGGGAGUUCUGCCCUGGGGCGAUUU